AAUAGAUCACAGGUGUUACUGAAACAGAGUAAAUCCAGCAGCUCUGUGUUUGAUCCUCCAUCAGCUCAGCUCUUCACUGUAAUCCAGAUCUCCUAACAUGAUGCUCUGCUCCGGACUCAGCAGCACACUGUUGCUGGCAGCAACGUGUUCACUCAUCACUUCAGGCUUUAUAAGAGCUCAAGUUUCCUUUCCUCCCAAUGUGACCGCCAUAUCCACAGGGAGAGUGGUCACCUCUAACGGCCUCAGUGUUCAUCGCCUGAGCUGUGUGGGUGGAAGGAUCAUUGUGAGGUCAGCUGUGUACAGAUGUGGAGGUGAAGUAACCUGCUCUCAGGGUGACGCUGAGAACAACGUCAGGAACAGCUGUGAUGGAAAAACAGUGUGUGACAUAAAGUCAAACAUUACUUAUGAUCCUGGAGUCUGCAGAUACCUGGAGACCACCUACGACUGCUUCACACACCACAGUGUAACAUGUGAAGGAUCUCAGUCAAACCUUCAGUGUGGUGAAGGACAGGUUAUAGUCGUCUCCUGGGCGAAUUAUGGUCGCCGUGAUACAACCACGUGCCCUGGCCAAUAUACUAUCGCAAAUCUCUACGAUGUUAACUGCUUCUGGCCAGGAAGCAUGGAAUAUGUAACUAACAGGUGUAACUGGCAGAACAGCUGUACUGUUGAAGCAAAGACCUCAGUGUUUGGAGACCCCUGUGGUGGCACCUACAAGUACCUGGAGGUGGUUUAUGACUGUCAGAAGAGUGAAGCUACAUCAAGUCCUCCUCCAACUACUGUGACAGAAGUCCACAGUGUAACAUGUGAAGGAUCUCAGGCGAAACUUCAGUGUGGUGAAGGACAGGUUAUAGUCGUCUCCUGGGCUAACUUUGGUCGCCGUGACAACACUACGUGCCCUGAUGGUAAUACCGCUCAGCUCCAAAAUGUCACCUGUUUGAGUCCCAAUAGUCCAGAAUAUGUAACUAACAGGUGUAACUGGCAGAACAGCUGUACUGUUGAAGCAAAGACCUCAGUGUUUGGAGACCCCUGUGGUGGCACCUACAAGUACCUGGAGGUGGUUUAUGACUGUCAGAAGAGUGAAGCUACAUCAAGUCCUCCUCCAACUAUUGUGACAGAAGGAACGUCCAGAGUGAGUGAAGCUACAUCAAGUCCUCCUCCAACUACUGUGACAGAAGCUGGUUCCUCUAAGACCUGCCCUCCUGGUUGGACUUGGUUUGGAGGUCGUUGUUUCAUCUUUAACAGCAGUCAGAAGAUCUGGACUGAUGCUGAGAGUUCCUGUGAGACACUCGGUGGACAUCUGGCCUCAUUCCACAGCACAGCUGAGUACACCUUCAUCAGAGGGCUCACUCACACAGCAGCAGGGUCAUAUAAAGAAGCUUGGGUUGGAGGCAGAAAGAAUGAAACUGUGUGGAUGUGGAGCGAUGGUUCCCAGUUUGACUUCAUAAACUGGGCCAGUGGAGAACCAAACAACUCUGGAGGAGGAGAAGAUUGUAUGAUGAUAAAUCAUGGAGAGCGAGAUUAUGUCAACGACAAAAAGUGUAACACCAACAUCCCUUUUGUUUGUGUCAGAGAUCCAUAACUGCUCCUUCGUGUCCUGACACAUCUGACAUGAUGAUGUCACUUCCACCAGGAUGUCAAGCCUCGAUGACAUCACUGUUGGAAGAUGUUGAUAAAUAUAAUUUUAUAUCACAAUAAACACAAAUAUUGCAAAAGUUUGGGCAACCUUGGUAAUAGUCAUUAUU